AUGGAGUCCAAAGAUUCGACAGCCGACUCCCCCAGCAUUCCAAAUCAAUCCAACGACCCAACACCUUUUGUGUUUGACCAAACUGAAUUCAACAAGUCGCUUGGCUUUGUCCAGGAAGUGCGGAACCGGUUCGAGGCUAGCCAGCCAGAGAAAUAUUCCACUUUCCUUGAAAUUUUACAGGAGAUAAACGUUCCGCCCGGGGAUUCGAUAGAAGAGUGGGAAGCUGCUCGGGCAGAGAAGCAGGCAGCGGCACGCAGCAAGCUGGAGGUUCUAUUUAACGGCCACGCCGACUUGCUGGAAAAGUUUGAUGCAUUUCUCCCAGCCACAAGCACAUGA